AUGGGUCUUGCUGUGCCGCUUACUGUGACGGACGGGGGUGCGAAUGAUGCGUCGACCUCAGACCUGGACGUCGAGCGGAAUGGGGACAGUCGGUUUCUGAUGAAUCAUUCCGUGAAGAGCUUUUCGUGGGACGGGCUUACGGUGACUGUGAAGGAUCGCGAGACGAAGAAGGCCCGGGAUCUGAUCAAUGAUAUUGGCGGGGAUGUCCAGCAAGGGGAGCUCGUGGCGUUGAUGGGCCCCUCAGGCUGUGGAAAGACAACCCUGCUGAAUGUGUUGGCUCGCCGGCCGGCUGCAUCUGGCGCCAAAGUGCUGGGUGACAGCUAUGUCAAUGGCGUCAAAGUGGAUGCUGGACCGUUUGGCCGCAUGACAUCCUAUGUCGAGCAGGAAGAUGCCCUAAUUGGGUCUCUGACGGUGCAAGAGACGCUGCAAUUUGCUGCAGAUCUAUCACUGCCCAGUUCUGUUACCAAGCGCCAGCGCAUGGAUCGAAUCCGAACUUUGUUGGAAGCGUUUGGGAUCCAGAAGCAAGCCAGCACCCUGGUUGGGACCCCCCUCCGCAAGGGUAUCAGCGGUGGUCAAAAGCGACGAGUCAGCGUGGCCAGCCAGCUCAUUACCUGCCCCAAGAUUCUGUUCCUGGACGAGCCGACCAGCGGCCUGGAUUCGACCGCCAGUUACGAGGUGAUGUCGUACGCGAAAGAGCUAGCACGGGCUAACAACAUCAUCAUCAUCGCGAGUAUCCACCAGCCGUCAACCACCACCUUCCAGUUGUUCGACAAGCUCCUCCUCCUUUCCGGCGGCCGGUCGUGUUAUUUCGGUCCGGUUGUCAAUGUCGUGAGUUACUUCGGCCAGAUCGGCCACCCGAUUCCCGGGCAAACCAAUCCGGCCGAGUUUCUGCUUGAUAUCGUCAGCGCGGACUUUGGCGGUGCGAACGGGUUGGCACACGAGCGGGUCCAAGCGAUUCAGCAGGCCUGGGCAGAGUCUGCAGAGGCAAAGGGCGUGACACAGCAGGUAAUGGGGCGAGCCUCCGCAGAGAUGGAGAAAAAGGUGGCAAGUCUGUCUGCUGAGGAUAUGGCUCGGCCAGGCCCAGUCCGAAUUACGGCUGCCUUGCUGCAUCGCUCGUUCAUCAAGAGCUAUCGGGACGUGGUUGCCUACGGGAUCAGGAUCGUGAUGUAUCUCGGUCUUGCCGUCAUGACGGGAACCGUGUGGAUCCGCCUCCAUCCUUCCCAGGAGUACAUCCAGGCUUUCGUGAAUGCCAUCUUCUUCGGAUCCGCCUUUAUGUCCUUCAUGGCUGUAGCCUAUGUGCCCGCCUUCCUCGAAGACCGGGCCACUUUUGCCAAAGAGCGUGCAAAUGGGCUCUACGGUGCAGCCCCCUUCCUCAUCUCCAACUUCCUCAUUGGUCUCCCAUUUCUCUUCCUCAUGUCCUUGCUCUUCUCGAUUGUCUCAUACUGGCUCUCCAAUUUCCGCCCUGACGGCUCCGCCUUCAUGACCUGGGUCAUGUGGACAUUCCUCGACCUCGUCGCGGCAGAGAGCCUGGUUGUAUUCGUGACAGCGAUUUUCCCGAACUUCGUCAUUGCGCUCGCGCUCGUGGCCUUCGCGAAUGGAUUGUGGAUGAGCGUAAGCGGAUUCUUGGUGACGCCGACGAUCCUAAAUCCGUUCUGGAAAUAUGUCUUCCACUACAUUGAUUAUCAGGCAUAUGUCUUCCAGGGGAUGAUGGUGAACGAGUUCUCCCAGCGGAACUACUCGUGUGGGGAGGGCUGCCAGUGUAUGUAUAUCACGGACUUGGCGGAUCAGUGCCAGAUCCGCGGGACGGCGGUGCUGGAGACGUAUGGGUAUGCGACGGGCAGGACGGGAAAAUGGUUGGGCAUUUUGGUGGGCAUCAUUGCGGUCUAUCGGCUGCUCGGGUGGGCUGCCCUUCACCUGCGCCGGACCUGA